AUGCAACUCGGAAAGAAGUCUAAGACCACCGAUAUCUACGAGAAAGUACGAGGUGAACUUGGACCCGAAGCUGAGGAUGCACCCCUCGUUGCACCAAGCCCCGCUGCUGCUGCCGCAGAAGCUCCGUCCGCAAGAGCAUCGUUAUCCGCAGAGCGUGAUCCAAUCCACAUAACCGUUGCCGAGACCAUGUCCGCCAAACUAUCUCGAGAUGGCGCCUUGAAAUCAUUCGAGGUCAAGGGUGACCUUCAAUUGCGCAUUUCUGAUACUUCUUUCACCAAGGCCAAACUUGACUUGACUGCAAAUGCAACGCACGGCGCCCAGUACCGCACUCACCCAAAUGUUGAUAAAGCACUCUUCUCAAACCAAAAGGUUAUUCAGCUAAAAGACACGUCUAAGAGGUUCCCGGCGAACAACGCAAUCGGUGUACUUCGGUGGCGUAUUGCAAGCAGUGGAGAGACGGACCUACUACCCAUCACUUUUACCGUGUGGGUUAAUAAGGGUUCUGAUUCGACUACUGUUACAGUGGAGUACGAGCUCACUGGCUCGGAUAGCUUGCGAGAUGUCGCCGUCACCAUUCCGUUCCAGACAGUAGAGCCAACUAUCACCAGCUUUGACUCCAAUUACGAAGUAACAGGCGACACCCUGGACUGGAACAUUGGAUACGUCGAUACAUCUAAUUCCUCUGGCAGUUUUGAGUUCGAAUCGUCUGAUCCCGAGAGUGACGAGAACGAGUUCUUCCCUAUGAAUGUCCGGUUUACCAAGUCAACGCCAUUUGCAGAUGUAGACGUUCUUUCUGUAUCGUUAUUAGAUAUGGAGGGCGAAUCAGUGGGCUUCACUCAGGAUGUCAAGUGCGUUGCCGACGGCUAUACCAUUGAGUGA